CCGAUCGAGUCUUUCCGGUCUGCCAGCCCCAGUUUCCUUUCAGCCCUCUGCUGCAUGGAGCAGAAGGAGGCGCAGGACCGAGCCCUGGACGAGGAGGAGCCGGGGACUUUAAACCCCGCACGGUGACUCCAAGCCGUGCAGCGUCGUCUACGCCUCGUUACAUAAGGCGCUCUCUGAGCCGGAGUCCCUUCUCCAGGACGCAGCGCCGGGAUCUAUCCGUCUACCGCCCCAGCGGCAGGCGGCAGGCGGCGGCGCCAGGCGGCGGCAGGAGACGACGACGCGGCGGCCGUGCCAGGGAGGAUUUACAGCCGGACUGCGCUGCUCCCCCCUUUUUUCUCCCCUCCCUGCUGUCGUGGACUCGGGAGGACCGGGAGGAAAACGCAAACCGGGUGGAAACCCGAGCCCAGCGGUGAUGAGAACUAACCCCGAGUGGAUUUCGCUGGUGUGCCGCCAGAAGCAUCUGGAAAGGAUAACGCAGGGAUCCGCUCCCCCUCCGGAGGACCAGAGCAUAAUUCACCUCUCAGACGUUUUUUGCGUGUCGGCUGCUGAGGGAUGUCUUUCAGCUCCUUCCCCCCUGAGAAACGGAUGUAAUCACCCCGGCUGUUCCCAGAUUUCCCUCCUGGCAGCGGUGGCUUUCUGGGCAUGCUGGAUAGAGGUUUCCCUCUGUGCGUCGGCUGAGGGAUCCGGGUCCUGCUCAUAAUUAACCCACCACCACCCCUACCUCCCUCCUCUCAGCAGACCAGGGAUCCUGGUCCCAGCUAUGCAGUGAGGAUGUGUGCAGCCAGGUUCAGUGGCUGCCUCAAUGGCUGCGCAGAGGAGGCCGCCUGCGCCGCCGUCGCCCCGGUCACGGCCUCCAGGAUGCUGGACUGGACCGAGGUCGGCCCCCGCGUCCUGAGCAGCCUGGAGACGGGCACCGUGCUGACCGUCUUCUACCAGAAGAAGUCCCAGAGGCCCGAGAGGAGGACGUUCCAGAUCAGGCAGGGCACCAGGCAGAUAGUGUGGGGCAGGAGUUCGGAUAAGAUGGAGGGAGAGGUUGACAUACGGGAGAUCCGGGAGCUGCGGUUGGGGAAAGGCUCACGUGACUUCGAGCGUUACCCAGAGGAGGCUCGUAAAUUGGACGCGGCCCACUGCUUCAUUGUGCUGUAUGGCCUCGAGUUUCGCCUGCGGACACUCAGCCUGGCAGCCUACAAUGAGGAGGAGGUGAACAUGUGGAUCACAGGUCUGAACUGGCUAAUGGUGGAUACCCAGAGAGCGUCGGCACCACAGCAGAUAGACAGGUGGCUGAGGAAACAGUUUGAAGUCAUGGACAGGAACCGUGAGGGCAGCAUCACGUUGAAAGAUGUCAAAGCUCUUCUGCCUCAGAUCAACUGCAGAGUCCCCAACAUGCGCUUUCUCAAAGACAAACUACAGGAGGUAGAGGCAAAGAGCGAACUGAUGUACCCCAACUUUGCACAGCUCUACAGGACGCUAAUGUUUGACGCUCAGAAGAGUAUUAUUGAGCAGCUGGAGCUUUCCUUUCCCCUGCGAAACGUGGACCGACCGGAGCUUUGUCAGAUCUCCCUUUACGACUUCCAGAAGUUUCUACAGAUGGACCAGAAGGAGUCCUGGGCGUCAGAUCUGAGUCGAGUCAGGGAGUUUCUCAUGAGCUACAUAAGGGGAGGACCUCAGCCUCAGCCUGAACCAAUGCUGCAGCUGGACGAGUUCCUGACAUUCCUCUUCUCGAAGGAAAACUCCGUGUCUGACAUUCGACCUGUUGUCCCCGAUGACAUGAAGAGGCCGCUGUCACAGUACUGGAUCUCCUCCUCACACAACACCUACCUGACAGGUGACCAGUUUUCCAGUGAGUCGUCUCUAGAAGCCUACGCUCGUUGUCUACGGAUGGGCUGCCGCUGCAUUGAGCUGGACUGCUGGGAUGGACCGGAUGAUUUGCCGAUCAUCUACCAUGGCCACACUUUAACCUCCAAGAUCAAAUUCCUAGAUGUGCUGCACACCAUUAAAGAGCACGCCUUCGUCACAUCCGAGUAUCCUGUGAUCUUAUCCAUUGAGGACCACUGCAGCGUGGUCCAACAGAGGAACAUGGCCACGCACUUCAAGAAGGUGUUUGGAGAGCUGCUGCUCACCAAGCCAGUCGACAACAACGCAGACGAGCUUCCUUCACCCUACCAGCUCCGCAGGAAGAUCCUCAUCAAGCACAAAAAGCUGGUGGAAGGAACGCUGUAUGAAGAGGUGACUUCAGCUAGCUAUUCCGAAAACGACAUUAGCAACUCACUAAAGAACGGCAUCCUUUACCUGGAGGACCCCAUCGACCACACAUGGACACCGCAUUAUUUUGUCUUGACCAGCAAUAAGAUUUACUACUCAGAGGAGACGUCCCACUACCAGACGGCCGAUGAAGAGGAGGACGACGAGGGGAAGGAGGAGUGCAACAACAACGAGCAGCACUGUGCAGAGCGCUGGUUCCAUGGGAAGCUGGGAGGAGGUCGCGACGGUCGGCAGGUGGCAGAGAAGCUGCUCCAGGAGUACUGUGAGGGAGGGGGUAAAGACGGCACCUUCCUGGUGCGGGAGAGCGAGACGUUUGUCGGAGACUACACCCUGUCCUUCUGGCGUUCUGGUCGGGUGCAGCACUGCAGGAUCCACUCCCGUCAGGAGUCCGGCUCCACCCGUUUCUACCUGACAGACAACCUGGUGUUCGACAGCCUCUACCGUCUCAUCUGCCACUACAGAGAGACGCCGCUGCGCUGCAACGAGUUUGAAAUGAGGCUGGGAAACCCUGUGCCGCAACCCAACGCUCACGAGAGCAGAGAGUGGUUCCACUCCAAUCUGUCCCGCGUUCAGGCUGAACACAUGCUGAUGCGUGUUCCACGAGAUGGAGCCUUCUUGGUGCGGAAGCGCAGUGAGCACAACUCCUAUGCCAUCUCCUUUAGGGCGGAGGGUAAGAUCAAACACUGUCGCAUCCAGCAGGAGGGUCGUCUCUUCAUGUUGGGCGGUUCGGCGGAGUUUGAGAGCUUGGUGGAUCUAGUCAGUUAUUAUGAGAAACAUCCACUGUACCGUAAGAUGAAGCUCCGCUACCCCAUCAACGAAGACACUCUUGACCGGAUGGGCACCAUGGAGCUUGACUAUGGAGCAUUGUAUGAGGUCAGAACUCCUCAUUUUUAUGUGGAGGCCAAUAAGAUGCCCACAGCACGGUGUACCGUCAAAGCUCUGUACGACUACAGAGCUCAGCGAGAAGAUGAGCUUUGUUUCCCCAAACAAGCGCUCAUCCUGAACGUGGACAAGCAGGAGGGCGGCUGGUGGAGAGGCGACUACGGAGGAAAGAAGCAGCUGUGGUUCCCUGCAAACUACGUGGAGGAGGUGCCCAGCUCUCCUACCAGAGAACUGGAUGAAGUGUCCACAGAGAACAGUCCUCUGGGUAACUUCCUCAAAGGCUUCAUUGAUGUACCCACCUGCCAUGUUGCCGUGCAUAAAGACGGGAAGAACUCCCGGCCCUUCGUGUUUACCAUCCACUCCCAGCACUUGAGCUCUCAACCGGUCCAGAGUCUGGACGUGGCAGCUGACAGUCUGGAAGACCUUACCGGCUGGGUCAGCAAAAUCAGAGAAGCUGCGCAGAAUGCUGAUGCACGGAUGCAGGAGGAGAAACAAAUGGAGAGGAGGAAGAAGAUCGCGGUGGAGCUGUCUGAUCUUGUGGUUUACUGCAGGCCGGUACCUUUCAACGAAGACAAGAUCGGGACUGAGCGUGCGUGUUACAGGGACAUGUCUUCCUUCCCGGAGACAAAAGCAGAGAAGUUUGCCACUCGUGCCAGAGGGAAACGCUUCCUCCAGUACAACCGGCGGCAGCUGUCCAGAGUUUAUCCCAGAGGCCAGAGACUGGACUCGUCCAACUACGAUCCACUGCCCAUGUGGCUCUGCGGCUCCCAGCUGGUCGCUCUCAAUUUCCAGACUCCAGAUAAACCCAUGCAGCUGAACCAGGCCCUGUUCAUGCUCGGGGGCGGCAGCGGCUUCGUUCCCCAACCUGACAUCAUGCGGGACGAAGCCUUCGAUCCUUUCGAUAAGGACACGCUGCAUGUUGAGCCAAUUACAAUCCAGCUACAGAUACUGGGAGCCCGCCAUCUGCCAAAAAACGGCCGCAGCAUCGUUUGCCCUUUCGUGGAGGUGGAGAUCUGUGGAGCCGACUACGACGGUUUCAAGUGCAAGACGGACGUCGUGGCUGAUAACGGUCUGAAUCCUGUGUGGGUGCAGAAGCAGUUUGUGUUCGAUAUCCACAACCCCACCUUCUCCUUCCUGCGCUUCACCGUUUACGAAGAGGACAUGUUCAGUGAUCCCAACUUCUUGGCGCAGGCCACAUAUCCGGUCCGUCUGCUGCGGACAGGCUACAGGAGCGUUCCUCUGAAGAACAGCUACAGUGAGGAGCUGGAGCUGGCCUCCCUUCUGGUUCACAUAGAGAUCGUCAACGCGAAGGAAGAAGACGAUGAGAACAUGUACACAUCCAUCCAGCGGCUAAGGGAUCGAACCAGUGAGCUGUCCACCAAGGUUUCUCUCCUGGAGAGGUCAGGAUCAGCGGAUCAGAGCUACCAGCAGAGCCUGGAGGAGCUCAGAGCCGCUCAGGACCAGCUGAGCGAGCUCGUGGAGGCUCGCAACCGCAGGUUGACGGAGAAAAAGAGGAGGGAGAAACUGAGGCAGCAGUUUGCAGCAAAACGCAGCUAAUCCCGCCAUCCACCAGAGGGCGCUAACCUUCAAACAUGGUGCCUGGCACGCUGUGAAGCAGCUGCCUCUACGGAAGCGACAUGCAAUCUGAAACUGGAAAAGAAACAAGACAAGACAAAAAAAAAAAAAAGUGGGACAUAUUGCAGCACUUUUGUUGAAACGAUUACAAACAAAAACAUCUCAUGGACUAAAGACACAAAACUAAGCUAUAAAACAAUCAGGAUUUAAGAUGAAACACAUUAAGAGCAACAGGUGGGGGCUACCUUCAGAGGCUUCAUGAAAACAGCUGAAACAGGAAUGCGACAUAUGGAUAAAAAUACGUUUUCCACUGCUGUGUAAAAUUUUCAAAACUCAGCAAAUAAUCAUUUUAGUGGAGUUUGACUCAUUAAAACCUUUUAAUAGAAUAAAAUGCUAAGAUUCAGUAAAAAUUAAGUGUAUUGCUGUGCUCUUACUAUGUUUCAGGGUUUAUGAUGAAUAAUACGAUAAAAGGGAGAAAAAAAACUCAGGUUACACACAAAAGGUGAAUAAAAACAUGGAUGUCUGGAUGUACAAAGAGCUGUGGGCACUCGUAGCAAAGAGGAAAUAUCCUGUAUGUGCCUUUUAUUGUAAAACUUUAAGUUGGUAAGAAAGACAAAAAAACACUGCUUUUCACUACAACUGGAAAUGUUUUCCUUUAUCGGAAAACAAACGUAAAACAGCUGGAGAAGGAAUGCACUCUUUUGGCUCAGACCACUAACCUUGAAGGAAUUUAAAGACUGAAGUCUCCUAAUCAAGUCUUUUUAUGGGGCACUAACAUAAAGUAAGCCCUCAGAAGAGCACAAAAUGUUAAACAAAUUCUCACCAAAACACACAAGAAGGUCUUCUAAUACUUUUAAGGGCUCUAUAUUAAUCCAUACUACCUUCAGAGAAAGGGCGCCCCUUGGAUGUCAACCAUUACAAGCAGGUCAAAUAAGGGCUAAGACAGAAAACUAGUAGACCAUUUGUUUGAUUUUGAUUUUUUUACCUGACGGCUCUUUUUUUCAACACAUCUGAUAAAACCGACCCGUAUCAUACUCCCGUCAUCUGACUAAAAUCAACAGAUGGAGACGAGCCGGUACUGGAUCUGCAAAAAGCAGCUUUGAUUACUGCAUGGCUUUCUGCCUGACCCACCCACCUGGAGCUACUCUACCCUUGUAUAACUGAUCAUUGUGUGCAUAACUUCUUUUAGGUGAAAUAACAUAUUAAAGGAAGGAUUCUCUCUGUAACCUUAUGGUAAAAUAAUUAAUAUUGUGUACCUGGAGCUCCCUUUAAAAAAAAAGUUUCCUCUUUUCUCCCUGCAGUACGCUGUACUGUGCAGGGACUUCUAUGCAAAAGUCAUCUUCUCGGACUACAGCCUUUGUGUACUGGAAAACCUGACUCCAGAUGUGGUUUCUCUCUCUGUACCUCUGCUUUCUGUCCAGUAUUAAUACUCUGUAUUACAAAUUCUGUGCAAGUUUCCAGUUAAUAAAGCUCUUUAUGUAUA